CAGGUCCUAUUCCUGUCAAACGUGAAAGCAAGCAAGCUUGGUUUGGUAAAAAAAAUUAUAAACAAAUCUGAAUCAUGGGCGUUGGCGUUUACAUACGGCUAUCUGAUAUUUCAUUGAUUACGAAAAGAUAAGCCCUUGCAAAUACCUCGACAUUGUACUAGAUACAAAAUAGGGCUCUUGUGAUAAAAAAAUAGACAUUUGAUAUCAGUUCUAUUGUUCGUGUCUUGUGUUUUAACCUUUCGUUCACAUGGAUGCGGUUUUUAUCGUUAUACUUAGUGUUUUACAAUGAAAAUAAAAUCAAAUGAUACUUUUAAGACUCAAAUAAUUUAGUUUUUUAUGUUUUCAUUCAUAAAUUUGGCUUAGUUCGGGUUUAGGAGGACACUAUUGAAAUAUGUUCACACCGUGGUGAAUCAUUUCAUAUCUUGUUCAUUAAUUAAACGAAGCGUAACGGAUGUGUUGUGAAAAUGUUCAAGAAUUUUGUUUUAACCCUUUUACUUAGUGCUAGUGUUUACAGUCAAUCAAAUAAAGAUCUAUAUAAUGGUCAGUACAAUAGUGAGUUUUAUAACUCUGAGUACGACUCUCAACGAAAAACAAGGCUGCCGAACCCUGGUGAUAGCGAUUAUAGGACCUACGUUUAUAACAACAGGCGUUAUGGAACAGAUCCGACUCGAUACAAUCCAUACAACCCUAAUAUAAAUCAGCCUGGAGGCUUCCCAUACAAUCCAUUGAAUACCAAUCCAUUGGAUGAGUCAUUUAAGUAUAACACAAAUCGUGAUCCAAACAAUCCAGAUUCCCUUUUCCCUGGAGUUCUCGGAGGAUGGAGGGAAGACUUGCAGGGCAGGGAGAGACGGGACUCCAGGCAACUCAAGCGAGACAUAUUUGUUAUGACCAACUUUGGUCAAGUGCAAGGUUUUAAGGUAUAUUUGUAUGACAAUCCAGACCCGGACUCAGGUUACCGGCCAUGGCUCACACCAGUGGAGAGGAUCCAGGGUGAAGUGUCUGUAUUUCUGGGCAUCCCAUACGCUAGACCACCAGUUUUGGAAGGCAGGUUCAAGCCCCCACGCCAGCACCCGGGCUGGCAGCUCAUGCAGGCGGUGGACUGGGGCCCCGCGUGCCCGCAGCCCGUGCGCUUCACCGGAGCCACCAAGGGCAUACGGGACAUGGACGAAGACUGCCUAUAUUUGAACAUAUUCUCACCUAAUACGGAAGCCGGUGCGACUGCGCAGAAAUACCCAGUGAUGGUGUACAUACACGGUGGGCAGUUUACUUCAGGGGCGUCCAAUCUCUUCCCGGGACAUAUGCUGGCAGCGUUUUAUAAGGUCGUCGUUGUAUCCUUCAACUAUAGGCUAGGGGCGCUUGGAUUCCUGUCAACCGCGGACGAGAAUUCCCCCGGUAAUUACGGCAUCCUGGACCAGAUAAUGGCUCUGCGCUGGGUCCGGGACAACAUUGGCCCCUUCAACGGGGACCCCUCGUCCGUGACGCUGUUCGGGCCCGGGGCCGGGGCCGCCAGCGCGGGGCUGCUGGCUGUGGCGCCGCACACCCGGGAUAUUGUUACUAGGGUCAUUGCUCAGAGUGGCUCAGCUUUGGCGGACUGGGCAUUAAUAGAAGACAAGUUCCGUGUCCAAAACACUUCUCUUGUGUUCGGUCGUCUGCUGGGUUGUCCCAUAGACUCCUCAUGGAAACUGGUCAACUGUCUCCGGCAAGGCAGGAGCUUCUAUGAGCUGGGGAACGCUGAGUUCCAGCCGCAAGUAGGUUUCAUCCCCUGGGGUCCAGUGCUGGAAAACAACUUCACGUUCCCCGGGGACCAGUGGUACGAGGGCUGGCGGGAGAGGGACUGGCAUUUCCUCUCGAUUACCCCAGAAGAGUUGAUCAAGAGGAGACAGUUUAAUCCCGCGUUGCAAUAUAUGACUGGAGUCACUACCCAGGAGGCAGCAUAUUUUAUAUACAACAACGAGACACUAUCUCCAAACUUCCAAAUCAACGAAGGCUGGUUCAACCAGAAGGUGGCCGAGCUGGUCCUACGCUACAAUUACACGCUGAACCCCCGCGGGGUGUACGACGCCAUCCGUUACAUGUACACCUACCACCCUGAGCCGCACAACGUCAGCGCUAUCAGGGACCAAUACGUGCACAUGCUAUCAGACUUCCUUUACCGCGCGCCCACAGACAAACUAGUCAAACUAUUACUAGAACAAAACGUACCUGUCUACAUGUACGUCCUCAACACCACAGUGGAGGCGUACAAAUGGCCUGAAUGGCGACUAUAUCCGCACGACACCGAACAUUAUUUCCUGACCGGAGCACCGUUUAUGGACCAAGAAUUCUUCCCGGUAAAACAUAGGAUUGAAAGACAAGCUUGGACCCCAAAUGAUAGAAAUAUGAGCCAUUUCUUCAUGAAGGCGUAUUCGGAUUUUGCGAGAUUUGGCAAUCCAACUCGCUCCCGUAUCCUCGGCAUCCACUUCGAAGUCGCAAGAGCCGGGCAACUACGCUAUCUCAACCUGAACACCACCUUCAACUCCACCAUCCAGCUCAAUUACAGGCAGACGGAGCUGGCCUUCUGGACCAUGUACCUACCUACUGUUAUCGGCAGAUUUGUACCCACUUACCCGCCUAUCACAGAGUACUGGUGGGAGCCGAAACAACCUUUGCAGAUAGCAUUCUGGACAGUAUCCAGCGCGUGUCUAUUGCUCAUAGUGCUUCUAGUCGUGUGCUGUAUGCUGUGGCGGAAUGCCAAAAGAGAAACGGAUAGAUAUUACAGCGGAGACAUAUUUAUGGUACCAGAGAUAGAAGAAAGUGGCAUAGAGAACGCUACGAGAUCACGAGACAAUAUUUAUGAAUAUAGAGAUGUUCCGAUCAAGACUAGACCUCAAACGCCUACGAUUAGCCGAGCGACAAGCCAACCGGUGACCCUACAUUCUUCCCGGCCGCCAUCACAAGCGUCCACCGGCUCAGCGCUUUCCCUCAAAGAUUCCCAAGUUUCCCGCGCACCGGAGCCCCUACCACGGGCUCGCAGCAGGACGCAAAUUGUGCACGGAAUACCGCAAACUACUGUUUAAGUGGCAAAAAAGAGGAUAAAAUACUCCUGGCGUAUUUUAGAAAGUGAGGUCUGACACGCUUGGAGCGUUUGCGGUAAUAAAAAUCCGCACUGCGUUAUAUAUUUGACUCAGUCAAAAUAGCUAUUAUAUCUAUAUCACGGCUAUUAUAUCAAGAACAAUUUUAAAUAAUUCACGCAUUUUAAAACAUCUGAGGGCUUAGUGCGGGCUUGACCACCCAUCUCAACUUCGAACCAAUCAUAUUGCGUCAUUGUGACGCAACGACAAUCACACUGUAAUGUGAUUGGUUCGACGUUCGACUCACUUCUAAACGAUUCGAUGGUGAAUCAAUGCAAACCCGUAUUAACCCCCGUGAUUGUAAAAUUCUAAAAACAAGUGAAGGUUAGAGUGUGAAUAAGUUUGAAAUCUUUUGACGCUAUCAGACCAAGACAUGGAGAUGUUGAACACAAGUAACUUUUUAAUGUAUUUAACUAUUCCUAUUAUUAUAAUCAUUUUGAUAAAAGUUUUUUUUGUAGAAAAUUCGAAAUACGAGACACGAAAUUCGCUCAAGAUUUUUAACUUAUGCCUUGUUUAUUGUUUUGAGAACGUUUUUCUUUCGCCUUCAUUAAGUAAAUUAUUCUUACACCUACCUUGUAGUUCUAAAUACCAGUAGUAUUAUUUUAUACGAUGCUUAUAAUUUUUAAACUUGCAUUUAAUAAUACACCCAUUUUAUAUAUAUAAUCAUAAUUACUUGAUAAAAAAUUACAUAUUUUAAAACUCUCCCAUAUACAUUUUGUACAAGUUAGUGGCCAUGAUGUACCAUAAAUUAUAGACUGACUUAUUUUUUAUUUCAAUUUUACAUCUAGAAUAAUUCUAAUUUUGAAACUUGAUUUUUAAUAUUGAAUUGGUAUACUAUAAGUUAAUUUUCAGAAAAAGUUACCUAAAAGGUAUGAACAAUUAGUUAGUUUGUAUAUGUUAAAUUAUAUUUUUGCUUUAAUUUGUUAGUAUUCCAGUUUUAGUAUCGUAAGACGUAAGCAAUGUUUAUAGUACGGAAGCUAAAGUAAAGGCAUUUUGGCAGUUACUGGAACGUGUCAGGGGGGAUAUAGGCCUUCACAGGCACUUUUUCACGUCAUAUUCUAAAUUAAAUGAUAUUCACCCAAGCUACAAACUACUAGCAUUUCGGGACGACCACUGCUGAGAAGAAAUGCCGAAAGAAACUCAUUCAAACAAUGUUGGUCCCUUUCCUUUCCACCAAAAUUGCUUAUAAUAAUCUGACGAUAUUAACAAGCCAUGAUGAAAACUGUGUAUUUCAAUUAUCAUAUUGUUUUUAGUGUUUAAAUUUCAAAACUAAAAUUAUGUAUUUAUGAACAUAAAGAAAAUAAAAAUAAUCCCACGAUAUUAACUUCUUUAUGAAUUAAAAUUUAAAUACUAAAAAAGAAUAUGAUCAUUAAAAUUUGCUCUGUCUGACGCGCUCAAGGAAUUCAAUAAUUUUAUUCUGAAGUGACGUCACGACUAGGUAAAAUGGUCGAAAAGAAAGCUGUUCGACUUUGACAUUUUCAUUGCCGUAUUUUUAAUUCAAGGUAUUCAAUAACUUUUUGUUUUUAAAUUUUCACUGUCAUACAAACUUCUCUUAUUUCAAAAGUUUCGAAUUCAAUAGGCAACACACGGUCGAGAACUACACAAAUUCUAUACAAAGCUCCCCUACUAUUUAUUUUAAAUAUUUUAACUUUGACACAUGUCAAUAACUACAUAGUUAUUACCAUUACGUCUAUUAUUGUAGUGAUAGAAAUUGUAGUUUUAAUGUAUAAUCUAGUUUUAAGUGCAUAUUGCAGACGACUGACCAAUGUACGAUGUAUUAACUAAAUAUGUCUAGUGUUUUUCCGCGCAAGGACCUUUUUCUUUGGCAGACACUUAAAAAAACAGCUGUUUCUUUGGGAAUUAACUUUACUACACUAGCUCCCCCAACGGCGAGUUAGCCCUUAAGGUUUAGAAUAAAAAUAGGAUUAAACCAAGCUGUAAAAUUAACCAGCCAAUAUUGCUUAAAAUGUUAUUAUUUGGUGAUUAUUCAUGGAUACUAUUAAAAAUAUUGAACUGGUUAUUAACCCUGUGUAGGCUAAAAUGUUUUGUCUCGUUCUUUUUUAAUACUGAAAUAUUAUAGAUUUAGAUUUAGUGUUUUAUUUCUGGCCAAUUAAUUAAAACUUUAAUCGUCGUCUGCAUUAUGAAUAAAUGUUUGUGAUCGUCUCUCCGUCCAUUUGUGCAAUGUGUCUUACGACGUGCCUUGUGAGAUUUUGUAAGGAAUUUAUUUAUUGUUGAAAUUGUGAACGAAGCGAAAACUGCCGUUUAUCGUGUACUGUAUUUUAUUUUAAGGAGAAUAAACAUUUUAUUCAUAAAA